AUGAUUUUGGCCGAAUAUGAGUUGCAUCGCAUCGAGUGCUGUAGCGGUGGCUACUACUUGGCAAUUGAAGCAACUCGGGCGAACUCACGAAAUGGAAUUGAAGUAAUCAUAUUUCUGUUAACAUGGCGGGCUUGGCCCUUGGUUUCCUCGAAAGGGAGAGGGAGGGAAGAGGGCUUUGGAAUUGCGAUUGCCUAUUUGGGCCCGCUGGCCAUCGACUUACGCCCCAUGACCCCCAAACCCGGGACCGCCGAGUGUCCUUGUCUGACAUCUGACAGACUGUGGCGAGUAGUGUGUUGGUUAAGAAGUAUUUGUUGGGCUGAUAAAUCACAUGCGAAUAUCAAGCAAUCCGUCUUAGGCCUCUUGUGA